CCUGGGCUGGUGAGACACCAGAGUUGCGAAAUGUUUGGGGUGCGACUGGGAGACAUGGUCCUUCUCCAUCCUUUGGAAGUGGGUGUCCUGUAUCUCCACUGCUGCCUCCUGGGUUUCAUCCCUGCUCCAAGCAUUGUGCUGCUGCCUCCAGGCUGGUUGGGAACCUUUGCAAGGAAACAGCCCCUCAGAGAGUGCACGAGCCUUCAUCCCACUGAACUUUCUGAGCCUCUGGAAAAUUUGCCUGCUGAAGCGAGGAGGGGAUCCUUGCCUUACCAGAAGGCACAUGAGCAAAACACAGCAGUUGAACCCAUGGAUGGCAACUUGGAACUCAUCCGUGCCCCCAGGGCUGGAAGGCAAGAGGUGGUCCCCGGCAGGAUCCCUGUUGUCAUGCUGUGACCCUCUCUGAGCGUCGCAGGGAACCAGCCUCAGCCGUGCCGCUGCUGCGAGGCAGCUUCGGGCUGGAAGAAGGCAAGAUUUUGUAGAGAGGAGAGAGGAAUGCCAAAAGAUAUGGGUUUUUUCUCUUUUGAGGAAAAUGGCAGGUGGGAAAUGAUGAGUCAAGAAGUCCCUGGUAUUUUCCUCUUUCGGUUGCUUGAUAUCAAUGUCACUCCAGGUAAAUUAUUAACUCUUCCUCCACCUUUAUUCUCCUUCUUCUGCCCUGGGUUGACCUUUUCUAUCCCCAUGCCAGGGCCAGGGGCUGGUGUGCUAUCAUGCUGUGUAUCACUCCUGGUGUUGUUUUUUGACAAAUGUUUGAACUCACAGAAGUCCUCCUCCAGGCUAUAAAUAGGAAAUACCAGUCAGAGGGGCUAAUCUGCAGUGGUGUUGACAUCCCCAACAACCCAGGAUCACCUGUGAGUGCUCAGCAAAGUCUUCCUAAUUAUCCCCAAAUGUCAGCUAACAGCUUGUCUCUGGUGUGGGGAGAAAACUUGGUGGUCCCACCAAAAGCUAGUGUGAGGUUGUGUGGGAGGUGCUGGUGUCUCCAUAACCAGAGGUUUUUAAAAGAGGAAGGAAACAAGGUCGUAUAGGUCAGUUAGAGCUGCUUUUGAAGGAGAGGAUGGGUCAGAUGUUCCUGAGGUUCCUUCCCAUCCUGCCUCCUAGGGACCAGUGAAGCCACUGGAGGUGAAAGAAGGUCUGUCAGCUGAUGCGAUCUAACAGACCCCCACAUUGCCUGUGCUGGAAAUUUGGAACCUCUGAGGGUCUGACAGUAGAGCCUUGCUUAGCACUGGGGGCUUUGUCAUCUGAAACCCCCUGAUUUCUGGGAAUAAAUGCACAAAAGUGCUCCUAGGUAGGAGGUUGAGAUGGUACAGGGGCACAUCUCUUCCUGAAUUAGGCUUGCUACCGUGUCCCCAUGCUGAGGGAUGGGAAUGCCAGCCACAGUCACACAUCUGCUGGAGAGGUGGCAGGAAUUGGAAGCAUUCAAAGUGCCUGGACUGGGAGCUCAGUCAAUAUUGUGGACAGGGGUCACCUGCACUGAGUGAUUUUUUGAAAGCACUUGAAGGCUGAUGGAUGACUUCACCUGGUGGUGGUAGGAAGGUGGCUUCUGGUUGGGCUGUAUAUGACUUAACCAUGUGCUCUCCAGACAGCUUUUCCUUAGGAUUAUUUUGCUUACAAGUUACCUUAUCCAUAAGUCCUAUUUGCUCUGACAGUUUCUGCAGCAGUUAUGUUUUAUUACCUGUGAAAUGACAGACACAGAUCUCUUAACAAUGAGGUUUGGCACAGAUGAGCUGAGGAGGGUCUGAAGUCCUUCCUAGUGCUGCAUGUUAUUUGGGUGCAUCUCCCAUGGCACUUGGGGACCAUAUAUGUUUAUCCACUUUGAGUCCUGGCACGAGGAUGUGGUGACCAGUGGAGGGUGUAUAUGUCCAUCAGGGUUGUUCUUGCGAAGGUUUUGAGCAGCUGUCUGGGGAAGCUCUUAAAUGAAGGUUUUAAAAUCUCCAAACCUAAGAAGUUGAAAACCACAGCUCUCUAGGCUUUAUUAACACAACAGAUUUGACAAGGGCAGCAGUCUUCUCUUGACAAAUUCCAAGGUUACAUGCCUAGGAAACAUGGUGACUUAUUAAAUCAGGUUAAGCUUUGCCAAGUAUGUUGGAGCAAAACACUUGCACCCUCCAUGCAGAGACCUCCUUGCUUAGCAAGUAAAUCCCUCUCCCACAGUCAGUGUUACAGCCCAUGUCUGCUCCAACACAUCCUUGGGUCUCCUUAACAAUGGUGUUUCUGGGAGGUUUCAGGAGUAGUUCAAGAUACUGAACAUACCUAGCCCUGAUUAAAACAGAAAUGCAAGUGUCUGACCAGUGUUUGUCACUGGGAUUAUCCUCUAUGUUCUGGGAAUAGUAAAUAUGAAUCAACAGCCCCUGCUGCUUUGGGUUUGUCUUUGUUUUUAAGGAGGAAAUUGUCUUUUGCCUUGGAGGUGAAACAAAAGCCUUUUUAAGGCCAAAAUCCAGGCUCUAAGUGGGGGAAACGCUUUUUCACCAGCAGCUACUUGCAGCCCCCCCCUCACCUCACGGAUGGCUGUAUCCCACAGCCUUGCAGGAAGCAGUGGGAGGCAGUAGCCACCUUUGGGGCAGCCUCACCUCCACGUGCAGUGAAGAAAAGUCAGUUAAAGCCUCUGGUCAGUAAGGGGAGGCAGUGAUAAUAUUGGAGAGGGGAAGAUUAAGUGUUUCACUGACGAGCCCGAUGCCACAUUCCGUCAGUUCUGAGUGUGUGUGGCAGCAGCAGCUCUCGGUGGAGAGCACCCCACUUUACUUGGAGACCGGCUUAACAAGAAACUCCACUGUUUUUUCCUUGUUCUUUUUCCCCUUCACUAUGACACAUGCCAAAAGCAGCUGACACAAGCCUAGAAAAGAGCAAAGCAGGCCGUGCUAAGACUUGUUUCUACAUAGUUUUGCCCUUCCUUGGCUUAAAGUGUUAUUUUAAAAAGCGAUUGUAAGAGUGGUGCCAGAGUUUUUCAGAGAAGGUGAGUUUUCCCAUCUGAUUAAGAGUUAAUAGACAUAUUUAGUUUCUCCUUCCCUCUACUUUAAGGAGAAAAGCCUGUCGAAGAGCCCAGGCUCGUGCCACAGGGCUGGGCAGCUUUGCUCCUCAAGGGGAGAAGGGACUUCUCAGUAGACAGGUGUGAAUAUCCCAUUCCCAGUUCUCAUCCUGAGCCACCACUGGAUACUUACUGCUCCUAGCAUUCUCUCUGAUCCCCCAUGAUGGAUAUACCCCUGGAAGCUAGUGGGGCUUGUGGCCCCAGCAUGUGAGGACGUGGACAAACCCAGCUGUUUGGUGUCCCAGGCUGGCUUGAGGGAAGGUGGUAAAACAGUUCCUUGAAUUUUGUGCCUUCACCUGGCCUCACUCCAACCCUUGGAGAAAGCCCAUUUUCCUCAGCAGUUUCUCUGGGCAAUGGCAGUGGCAGAGUCCCUCUUCUGUCCCCAGUGGGGUGGCAGCAGAUCUCCCCUCCCAUCAGAAAUGGGCACAGGGAUCUCUAUGGCUCUGUCUGGGUAUCCCAGAAUACUAUUCCCUGCUAUACCAGCAGCAGAGGUGAGUAAAGCAACAAGAAUUUUCCUGUGUUUCCCUGCCAAGGGCUUUUCAGUGCCCUGGGCAAGCACGUGCAUAAUUACAGUAAUUGCCUCCCUGCUAUCGAGUGUCCAUCUCCACUAAUGCUUUGUUCUGCACACCUGGGCCAGACCAUUGCCAGAGGUAUUUACAGAGGGGAACAUCACAGUCCUGAAGCAGAUCACUGAGGCUUUGGAGGUAUUUCUACCCUUGACUCCUGGUAUCACUCACUGCAUCUCAUCCUGCACCUCUGAACUGGAUUCCUCAUUAGAGCCACCCCCAUUGUAAGCAGCUGCAGCAAAGGCAUCUGUCCCCUUUUCUGUGCCAGUAGCUUAUCUUCUCCAAAACACAACUUGUUCUUUUAGCAAACUUCCCUGAACUGCCCUCCUAAAAGCAGUAACACCACUUCUGGGAUGCUGCCACAGUGUCCUUCUAACUGCGAGUCACCUGAAUGCCUCCUGGCAAACUCAGAAAAGCAGGAUUAUAUACAGAACAAAAUAUCUGCCCAUGUGGGUUCCCUACUCUUUUUUGCUGAGUGCUGGCAAGCAUCUUUGCAGGUGCAAGGUUUUGUGCAUCUGGAGAAGGGUCCAGUGUGAGAGAGAGCUGAGGGACAGAACCUGUACAAAUUCCCAAAAUAUCAAAGAUGUGCAAGAAUUGUUGCCCGUUUGCCCCAGUAACCAUGUCCCGUUAGCCUGGGAGAGCAAAUCUGCAUGUUUCUUCAUGCUGCUGAGAAGGGUCUGAAAACUGAACUCCAAGGAAUGAGUUUGAUUUCACGGGCUCCAGCCCCUGCAAGCGCAUCACUCUUGGAUACUACUCUGAGCUGUGCUGGAGCGUGGCUGGCACAGCCAACCCAGAAUGGGCAUGUGCUCUGAACCUGAUGCGCUCCCAAGGGCAAACCCUGGAGUGAGGCACUGUGUGGAAACAGAGAUCCUGGGGUAGGGAAGCCUGAGAAGGCUGAUGUGUCUCUGUCUCUGCAGCAGAUGGAUGGCAGCCCAGGCAGCUGCACUCCUGACAGUGCCCCGACACAGGAAUGGUAAAUCCUGUUCCUCCAUGAACCAAACAGUUUUCCUUCAAGUGCCUGGGUCUGCCACAGAGCUUAGCAGACUUUUCCUAUGGCUAAUUACCUUCCUUCUUACCAAUGUGCAUCUUACUUCCACUUAUCAUUUCAGCUCCUGGCUCUGAGCCCAUCUCACAUCUCUGCAGAUCAAAAUGUGGGGUCAGAGCAGACAUCUAUGUUGGAUACUUUACUUACCACCCUCUGUUCUGCAGUCCUUGGAUGGGAUUUCCUCCCUCCCCCUUGCAGAAUCCUUGGUUACUCAAACUGCUUAAAGAGCUGAUAUCAAAUCUGGGGCCAUAGCUCUGGGAGUGCCUUUAUCAGUGACAAGGUGAUGCCUUGAUGGGGCUGGCAGCUUUCACUGUCCCCCGUGCUCACCCAGUGAGCUGCCUGCUGUCACCCCCAUGGCACAAACAGCACUGUCCUUUUAUAGUCACCAGUUUUCCUAAAGACCCACUCCUCUCUCAGCUGUCUCUCCAUGGUCUCUGUGCCUAGCUGUAUUCAUUGGCAGGGAUUUCAUACUUUCUUGCCAGUCACCCCUAAAUGUACUGAGUAGCUGGGAGAACAGCCCUGUUCAAAGCCAUCCUUAUCCCUCUCAUCUCCAUGAUCAUUUACCCCUGGGAGACACCUGGAUGGGCUCUAUGUCCUGCAUUGAUAUUUAGACCAAUGUUUUCCCUUUCUUUGUGCUUAGGACCUUGGUACACUGAUGUUUGUGGCCAUUCCACACUCUCCCAGUUGGCAUAGGGAGUCUCUUGCAGUUGCACAUCUGGCUAAUGGCACGAUGCAGCCUCUGUGUCCUGUGAGCAGUGACCACAAAACCAGCUCUUUGUUUUUUUAACUCGAUGGUGCCCCGGGUGCAAAGUCCUGCCUAAACCCUGCUGUUUGUCAGCCUCUUCAGCUCCCUUUUGGAAGGGAGGUGGUGCGAGUCAAAACAUCCCACAGCUGGAACUGCCCCUGCACCCAUCCUCCUGGCACGACUGCGGGACACAUCCGGACUGCUUCGCUGCCUCCCACCCACUCAAUCCCUGUUAGGGCUCAUCGGCUGGGCUCUCCAGCUCGGCUCUCCAGCUCGCUCCACAGGGCAGCAGGAGAGUCCAGCCACUCCUCCCACUGCAAACCCUGGUUGUGCAACUGCCGUGGGAGUGGGGUGGGCGCCUGCCUUCCCUCCCCUGCCUCUGCCAAAGCGCCAAGUCCCGCCUAUAAAUCAGGACCAGGAGGGGCUCUCUCCCUGCGGCAGAGGUGAGACAGCAGCACAGGUGGCUGAGGCUGAGAGGUUAAGCCCUGUUCACAGCCUGGAAUCCCGGUAGAGGCAGCAGGGAUGAGAGUGGCCGUGGUGGGCGCUGGUGUCAGUGGGCUGGCAGCCACCAAAUGCUGCCUGGACGAGGGGCUGGAGCCCACCUGCUUCGAGCAGAGCCAGGACAUCGGGGGGCUCUGGCGCUACACGGAGCACAUCGAGGCCGGCCGGCCAAGCCUCUACCUGUCAGUCAUCAGCAACACCUCCAAGGAGAUGUCAGCAUUCUCUGACUUCCCCUACCCCGAGGACUUCCCGGUGUUCCUGCCCAACGCCCGGCUCCUGGAUUACCUCCGGUGCUAUGCUGAGCACUUCAGCCUCCGGGAGCACAUCAAAUUCGGGACCGCUGUUGUCAGCAUCCGGAAACACCCCGACUUUGCCACCACGGGCCAGUGGAAUGUUGUCACGGAGGCAGAUGGGAAGCAGGCAUCGCAUGUCUUUGAUGCUGUUAUGGUUUGCAGUGGCAAUUUGUCCGAGCCAUCCCUCCCCCUGCACUGUUUUCCUGGCAUCGAGAAGUUUCGAGGCCAGUACUUUCACAGCCGCCAGUACAAGCAUCCCGACGUGUUUCAGGGGAAGCGUGUCCUCGUGGUGGGCAUGGGCAAUUCCGGAGUGGACAUUGCAGUGGAGGCCAGUCGUGUAGCUUCCAAGGUGACCAUUUGCACCCGUCGGGGUGCCUGGCUGCUCAGCCGUGUGUUUGACCAUGGCUACCCAUGGGAUAUGAUUUACAACACUCGCCUCAUGAGCCUGAUCAGAAACAACCUCCCUGGGCCCCUUUCAUGGGGAUGGGUUAAUUACAAUAUUAACCAGCGGUUCAACCAUGAAAACUAUGGCCUUCAGCCAGAGAAGAGCUGCCUGGUGCGAGAGCCUUUGCUGAACGACGACCUUCCGAGCUACAUCCUGACAGGGAGGGUCACCAUCAAGCCGGGCGUGAAGGAGUUCAAGGCCAACUCUGUUGUUUUCCACAACUGCCCUGAAGAGGAGCCCAUUGAUAUCGUUGUCUUCUGCACAGGCUACAACGCCUCCUUCCCGUUCCUAGAAGAAUCAGUCGUCAAGGUGGAAAACAAGCACGCAUCCCUCUACAAAUACGUGUUCCCAACCCACCUGCAGAAGCACACCCUGGCUGUCAUUGGGCUGAUUAGGCCCUUUGGAGCCAUCAUGCCUGUGACAGAGAUGCAAGCACGCUGGGUGACCCGUGUCUUCAAAGGCUUGUGUCGGUUGCCUCCUCAGUCUGUCAUGGAGAAGGAAGUAAAUGAGAAGAAGAAAAACCAAGUUAAAUGGUUUGGUCUGUCCUUUGACGAAGUCCUCAAAACCGAGUGGCUGGUCUACCUGGACACGCUCGCCUCCUUCAUCGGUGCCAAGCCCAGCGUGCUGGGGCUGCUCUGCAGAGAUCCCUGGCUGGCCCUCACCAUUUUCUUUGGCCCCUGCUCCCCCUACCAGUACCGACUCCGGGGCCCUGGGCACUGGGAGGGGGCACGCCAGGCCAUCCUCACCCAGUGGGACCGGACUCUGAAGCCCACAAGAACAAGAGUCCCUGCUGGCUCCUCCAGCUCUUUCCCCUCUCUCCUGGUUGUGGUGGGGUUCCUCCUACUCCUGGCUGCCAUAAUUUUUGGUUUACAGUAACUUUUAGAGCCUGUUAAUUUUUUGUUCUUGUCACGGGGGAUGUUAUCUCAGGUCAGACAUCUCCAAAGUGUGCCAUGGGAUGGCAGGAAAAGGAUUUCAGGAGAUGGAACAAAUUUUAUGCUUCAACCUGCCGCACAAACCUUUCUCUGCCCCAACUCACCCCCAAGCACAGCUUUGCAGACCCCAUUAGCUGGGGAUGGCAGCUUUCCCCCAGUGUCUAUUGCUCCUCUCCUCUCCUGCCCACUGCUGGGAGCAGAGCAUGGCUUUAUGGCAUAACUGUGUAUGGAUCAUGCCAGCCAGGAUGCAGCAAGGAUAAGACUAGCCCUGCCCCAACUCACCUGAGAACCAGGGUCUUUAGUCCAGCAAGGGGUUACCUGGGCUGGGUACGCAGGUCAGGCUGUCUCUUUUCCCAAACUUAAAACCUCUGACCCAAAAAUCCCAGUUUGGGUUGAAUUGGUGCAUGUUUCCAGUGAAAGGGCCCUGGUUGUGGUUUGUCACCACUGAAAUUGGGACUGAGCACUCCUGGCUUUGUUUUCCUUCAUUCCUCACCACUGGAUAAUCCUAGGGCUUUUUUCAUGCGUGUGGAGACUUUAAAUGAAUAAAAUUUUAUCAGCUGUGUCAGGA